AUGGGAACUUGUACAUCAAAAAGGCGUGUUACAACGCAUGAUAUAAGACCAUCAAGUUUGACAAAAAACGUGUUGAAUACAACAUCAGAAAGUAACAGAAAUUCAACUGCAUAUCAACAUCAACUGUCAGUUGAACAAACAUUAACAACACCUUUGAUUUCUUCUCCUUCAACACCAAUCUUAGAUCAAACACCACAACAUCUUCCAAUAACAGUACGAUCAACUGAAAAAAAUGUAACAUAUCAUGAUGAAAUCGUUUGUUUAAAUACAGAUUCAUAUUCACAAUAUUUUCAUACACCUUACAGACAAAUUACCUUAGAUAAAAAGGAAACUAACUAUUAUUGGUCUAAUGAAAAUAAACUAUUAAACUGUCCUAACAGUAAUAAUAAUAAUAAUAAUAACAACAACAACAACAACAACAACAAUAAUCGAGUAUCACCACAACAACAAGAAAUGUCAUCCAUUCCAAUACCUAAAACUAUGACGACCAAUCAUACGAGGUUUACCGUUUUUCAACCUACGUCAUCAUCGUUUAUAGAACAAUCAGAUUCAACGAAGUAUUAUCGACCAACGCUUAAUUCUCGUUCAUUUCAUGUACCAACAUCAACUAUUUCCGUUCCCCUAUUAACGAGUGUUCCUUUGUCCACUAUUCAAUCGAAUGUAUCCAAUGCUUAUUCGAAUACUAAUAAUAAUAUUAUCACAAGCACUCCAAACAGAAAUAGUGUUCCAACAUCGGCAAGUAUUGUCAUCGCGAACACCCACACAGGUCCUAAACAAAUGUCAAACGGAUUAACAACAAAUAAUUCAGAGUAUAAACGUUCUGCGCCACCAAUGACAUUUCAUUCCAGAUUUGGAUUUAAACCAUCGAAUACACCCACUUCUCCAUCAACAACAAAUAGUCGUAGCCGCUCUGUGAGUCCGACAUUGAUUACCUCAUCGUCUCCCGUCACGUCAAAAGAUUUGAAAAAUGGGCAAAUACAAUCAAAAACGACUACAUCAAACAAUAAAUCGCAAAUUAUACGAACGACAAAAGCAUCAUCAAAUAAACAUAUACCUCAAUCAUAUUCACCUUAUAGUAAACAGACAAAUUCAAAUGAAAGACUAAUUAAUAGUCGUACAGAACCGUUAUCGUCAAAUAUACGUAUAACACCCGCGUCUGAUCGUGAUCUAGUCAGUACUAAACAAAUUCUACAACAAUCAUCUUCACCAUUAACAUCCACGAUACCGGCAAACUUCACACGUUCUUCAAGAGCUCCAUCUCAAACUCUUCAAGAAACAAAUUCACCAUCACAUUUAUCGCCAAGAACACCAUCAAAAACAGGUAUACCACGAGCCAUAUCACCAAAUACUAUACGCCCUAUUCAGACACAACAACAACAGCAACAUCAACAACAAGAUGUUAAUUCGUUAAGAGAUAAAGUAAAAGAACAAAAGCGAAAAAUUUUUUACUCAAAAUCGCCUGUUCAAUCAGAAUCAAUUCCUAUAGAGGGUGCAUAUAGAAAUAGAAAUACAAAUUUUGAAUUAUUAACAUUAGACGAGAAUGAUCAUAAUAAAACUAUAGUAUCAAAUACCGGUGACGUGAAUAAAAAUCUUAUUCCACAAGUAUCUACUACAAUACAAAAUAAUCAUCGAUACGAUGCGUCUAAAUCAUCUAUUAUUGAAUUUCAACAGUCAUUUAUACCUCGUGGGCGUUCAUCUGAUUCAGCUUAUGCUAGUCUUCAUAACAGUAUUUCUUCUUCUCAACUACAGGCUCAAAUAUCGAGUGUAGCAUCUCCAUUAACAUUAUCAUUUGUUAAACCAAGUACAAAUUCUGUUACUAAUCGUCCACAAAAUGAUGAAAUAAGUACAUUAUCGUUUGAUUCUUCAUCAGCUAUAUCCGAUAUAUUAAAUCACGAUAUUUUGGAUGAUGACAACUGUUCAUUAAAAUCGAAAGAUUUAAUGUGCGACUUUGAUGAUACGUUAACGAUGGAUUCAUCGCAACCAUCAACAAAAAAUGAUCGAAUAAACUCUUGUUCAUCGUUGUCAAUUGAUCAACAGCAGCAAUUAAAUGAAAAUAGUCCAAUAGAAAAAGAAACAUCAACAUUACUAUCGACUGUACUACAUAAUAAGUCAGAUGAUUACUCUAUAACGUCUAAUCUUUUAUUAUCAUCACCGAUUUCAAACAAUUCACCGUCAUCAUUUGUACACCAUAAAUCGAUUAUUGACGAUAGAAAAGGUAAACGCGCGUCAACAAUACCAGCUUGUUAUUCACAAAAAGAUAAUCGCGAUGGAAGUUUAUUAGAAUCGUUAGACGAAUUGACACGAUUAAGUGGAAGCAAUAAACUUAUGACACGAUCUGUAUCUUUGAAACCUCCAAGUUUAUUACCACCAUUAGAGGAUGCUGAACAGAUUCCAAUGGACAUAGAAUCAUAUCGACAAGUGAUGAAAGAUGUGACUGUUGUUAAAACCAUUCUUCAUCAAUUAGAUCGUCUUUUAAAACAAAAUGAUGUUGAUGUUAAUCCAUUAAUAAGUGAUUCUAUGAUCAAUUCUUGGCAUGGAGGUGAUUUACAAUCAUCAACAAUGUCAAAUUCAAAACGAACAUUAAACAAUCUUCGUUUAUCAUCAUCAACAGAUGAUACAAACACACCAUAUGACGAUUUAUUAAAAGAAAUUGUUACAUUACGAAAAGAAAAAGAACAAGACAAAAAUACAAUAAGAUUAUUACAAGAGCAAAUGAAACCACUACGUUCAAAAGGUUUAACAUUUACUGGUUUGAGGAUUAAGAGACAAUGA